GUCUGAAGUAACGGAAUCAAGACAGGUUAUCAAAAGAAGUAUCAACGGCACAAUAUACUCUAAAGACCAACCAUGGUAUAUAAUCAUUGAUAAUAAAGUCUAUGAUAUUAAAGAUUUUGCACCUAAUCAUCCUGGUGGUGCUCCGAUUUUGACGCAUAUUGGAAAGGAUGCAACCGACCUGUUUGAUUCUGAAUUAGCUAGAGAACAUGCAAAAGCCUAUCCUAAAUGGUUUGCUCGUCUCAUGGUCAACAACCAAGCUAUAAAUUACUUUCCACUCCUUGCUUUUGCUAGAUUAUCUUGGUGUGCUCAAAGUAUUCAAUAUAUUCUUCCAAAUGGUCAAAGUGGAAGUAUCGGUGAUACUCCACAAGCUAUGUGUGGAUUGUUAUUGGCUUUGUGUUUUUCAUUGAAUCAUAAUGGGAUGAAAGUAUUGACUGACGAAGAAACAAUGAAUACUGAAUUCUAUGUUGAACAAGUUAUUACUGGAAGAGCUGUUACUGCGAAUAGUCUAAUGGGUCGUUGGUUUGUAGAAUGGUUUAUGGGUGGAUUAAAUUAUCAAAUUGAACAUCAU